CCUGCAAGGGUCAAGGGUCUGCUCUCAGUCACUAACUCAGUUCGGACCAGCAUCGCGGUGUUUCAACCAGGGAUGCUGGCACCCGCAUUGAAUUCCGACGUCACUCUGCCGUCCUCGUCCUUUCUCCUGACCAAUCCCAUGCGGCCAGAAGAUGGAGGCUGCCCGCCUCUUUUCAGGAACCACCGGUCACUGGCCAGCAAUUCGAGAUGCGUGUGCGGCCUUGCUGCAUUUCCCAGCGCAUCCCAGCCUGGAGCUGCUCGAGCAGUACAGUAUCCGUCCGUGACUUGUUCAAUUCGAUAGUGCGCUGUUCUCCCUCCAAUACGUUGACAUCUUUAGCAUGUAUCCUCUGGCCGGAGAAAGGACUCCGCCCGCCCGUGUCAACAGCCAGUCGCCUCUCGGCAUUGGAGAUGCAGACGACAGUGUCCACCGCGUCCUGCCUGCACGCCACGAUCUGGGAGUUCGAAAAGGCAAUUUUGAGUUUGACUUUUUUUCUUUUCGUCUCGUCCUCGAUUGCCGUCCGGAUCUGCAGAGAUCCCGGUGGGAGACUGGGAGACGGUGUCAAGCCUCACACGCCUCAAAAGCGGGAGACAGUCGUGAUUGGCUCCGUCUGUCCAGAGUCCAGAGUGGAGCGCGUCAGCCGCCUUCCUCGGCCCUUUGUCAGAAACGGGUGCAACAACAACACUGCAACACUGCAACCGCAACCUCUCCUCUCCUCCAAUCCACUCCACGUCAGAUAGGAGUAUGUAGCUAGGGAGCUCAC